UCAAUGGCAAGAGGUACUCCAGCAAUCGGUAAGAGACAUUAAAAAACUCAUACAUUUUGUAAAAGAUGUGGCAGAUAGACAUUCCAUAUUUAAAAAAAUAGAUGUGCAUCAUGCGGAUAUCCAGCUGCAAGAUUAAGACUUUGUAAAUUCAUUAAUUGAAUAAUAGACAGUGGAUGGGGUGAGAAGGUCGCCAGAAGAAGAUCAACAGGAACAGGAAGAAUGAGAUAUUUGAAAUCUAUUGCUAGAAGAGCAAAGAAUGGUUUCAGAGCAGGAACAUAAGCUUAACCAAAAGUUAAAAAUACAUAAAAAAAGUGAU